GUGUCCCGUAGAGAGACUGUCCUCUGUGUGUCCCGUAGACACACAGAGGCUUUAGUUUUACCAGAAGGACAUCAUGUGCUCCCUGUCUCCCAGGUAACAUCCGUGUCUUCUGCCGCGUCCGUCCCGUCAGUCUCGAGGUGCAGGACUCCGCCGACUCCAAAAACAUGCUGAGCUUCGACUCGGAGGACGACGCCGUCCUCUACCUGUCCAACAAGGGCAAAAUGAUGACCUUUGACCUGGACAGAGUCUUCCCUCCUAAGGCCACACAGGAAGAGGUGUUUCAGGAGGUCCAAUCUCUGGUCACUUCCUGUAUCGACGGCUUUAACGUCUGCAUCUUCGCCUACGGACAGACGGGCUCGGGGAAGACGUUCACCAUGGAGGGCGCCGUGGACAACCCUGGCAUUAACCAGAGAGCGCUGCGCCUGCUGUUCUCCGAGGUGACAGACAAAGCUCCAGACUGGGACUACAGAAUCUCCGUCAGCAUGGUGGAGAUCUACAACGAGACCCUAAGGAACCUGCUGGGGGAGAAUCCCUCCGACAAGCUGGACAUCAAGAUGAACCCCGAUGGCAGCGGACAGCUCUACGUCCCCGGACUGACCGAGAUCACUGUCCAGAGCCCCGAGGACAUCAACAGGGUGUUUGAGUUGGGUUUCAUGAACAGAGCGACGGCCUGCACCAACCUCAACGAGCACAGCUCUCGUUCUCACGCUCUGCUCAUCAUCACUGUGUCUGGAGUCAACUCUGCUACCGGGAACCGCACACAAGGUAAGCUGAACCUGGUGGACCUGGCGGGCUCUGAGAGGAUCGGGCGGUCGGGGGCGGAGGGCAGUCGCCUCAGAGAAGCUCAGUGCAUCAACAAGUCUCUGUCGGCGCUCGGUGAUGUCAUCAAUGCGCUGCGGGGCCGACACGCCCACGUCCCCUUCAGGAACUCACGCCUCACAUACCUGCUGCAGGACUCUCUGAACGGGGACAGCAAGACGCUCAUGAUGGUCCAGGUGUCUCCUCUGUCCGGUAACAUGAGUGAGUCCAUCUGCUCGCUGAAGUUUGCUCAGCGUGUUCGCAGCGUAGAGCUGAUGUCCUCGUCGUCCUCCAGGAGACACGAGAACUCGUCCACCUCGUCCUCACCGACACACGACAGCGUCGAGGUAACGGAGACGUUUAGCUCAGAUAUUUGGAUCCUAGUUUUUUUUGUAUUUAUCUUGUGAAG